AUGUCGCUUGGAAUUUUGCUCUCGCCGUUGCUCGGUGGUGUCGUCUUUGAUCAUGCGGGAUACAAUGCCGUGUUUGGCAUGGCGUAUGCGUUGAUUGGGCUUGAUAUCGUACUUCGACUUCUGUUGGUUGAGAAGAAAGUGGCGGCGAGAUGGGAUCCUGAUGUUGCUGGACGAGCUCCAGUGGUUGCGAGCGACGAGUUGGACGGAGGAAAGACUACGACUACUCCUCCCUCGGAUGGAAUACCAGAUGAAGAGAAGGCUGCUACGGGCGGACCAGAAAUCGACCCCACGGCAUUCCGCCAGCGUCGACGAGAUCGUCUCCCUCCCGUUCUCUCGCUCUUGUAUUCCCGCCGUCUCUGGGCCGCCUUGGUAUGCGCUCUCCUACAAGCCACACUUAUGACCUCAUUCGACUCCGUCCUCACAAUUCACGCCGCCAACAUAUUCAACUUCUCAGCCACCGGCGCCGGCCUGCUCUUCCUACCCAUCUUGCUCCCGGGCUUCCUCGCUCCCCUAUUUGGGUGGCUCAGCGACAAGUUCGGUGGACGCUACUUCGUUACUGUUGGAUUCUUAUGCGCCUGUCCACCACUCGUAUGUCUUCGUUUCGUCAACGAGAAUACGAUCAAAGAUAAGGUCCUUCUUUGUGCACUGUUGGCUAUCACGGGACUAUUCCUCGCCGCCACUUUUCCGCCGAUUAUGGCGGAGAUCUCCAGUGUGGUGGAAGCUAAGGAGAAGAGCAUGCUUGCUCGCGGACAUCCAGGGUUUGGUAAGGGCGGAGCGUAUGCGCAGGCUUAUGCAUUGUUCAAUAUGGCUUUUGCAGCUGGGUGCAUGGCUGGGCCGUUAUUGGCAGGGUUCCUUGUCAAGGACAGAGGGUGGGAGACGAUGGCGUGGGUACUGGGCUUGAUCUCAGCCGUUGCGGCUGUGCCGGCGUUGUUGUGGCUAGGUGGAUGGCUGUUCAAGAAGAAGACAUAG